UCAUGCUGCUGCCAGGUCCAGAGUCUCUCAUGGGUCCCUGUACGGCCUCCCAUUGCUGCUGUCUCCAUCGCCACACUCUGCCAUGUGCCACUUUCAGGUCUCCUCACACACUGCUGGUGUGUUGAAUUUUUUGACAUAGGGUGCUGGCAGAUUACGGGCCUCCCAUAGCUGCUGCCAGGCCCCUAAUCUGCCAUGGGCCCCUAUAUACCGCCUCCUCAUGCUGCUGCCAGUCCAGAGUCUCUCAUGGGUCCCUGUACGGCCUCCCAUUGCUGCUGUCUCCAUCGCCACACUCUGCUGCCCAUGUGCCACUUUCAGGUCUCCUCACACACUGCUGGUGUGUUGAAUUUUUUUGAC